UGACACUUGAUGUGCCCUCUUAUCAUUUUUCGAGUUAAUUUUCGUGAAAGCUGGAUAUCGUCAUAUAGUGAGAUUAAAAAUGGGAAGAGGGAGAGAGAAAAAAGUGUAAAAGCAGAAACGUCCCGCUAUGUGUGCGUUUGAAGGCCCCGGUCGCCAUAUUGGAAAACAAAUUGCACGCGCUGCCUCUGACAGCCGCUAGAUGUCUCAAAGAGCGGCCUCACAAAGCGUUUCUGUGUCUGACAACUUCAACAAGUUCGAGCUUCGUUUGUUCGCGGCACAGAAAAACAACCGUCGGAUUAGGCGUUCUCCGUAUGAGCAUAUCAGCAUCGAACGGUUUCGCCGGUGCCAUAGUUGGCGAGUGCUUUUGAAAUGUUUUUAAAAUUAAUUAAAAGUUGGCCGAGGGUUAAUUACGGAGACUGAGGAUGGCGAACGAAACGUCGCGCCUGCGUCCACGUAGGUGCAAAGCCUGCUGUUGCAUAAUAACGGCGCGCUCGUGCGUGAGCUUAGUCGGCAUCGGGACGUGGAUGCAAGCGACGACGCUGGACGUCGCGACGUCUCACCGUCGAGUUUUGCGCGCCAUUUCAAUUGUCAAAAUUGUACAAAAGCGAGCGGUUCUUGUGAAGUAAGGCGAAUAGUAUGGACGCUACGACGCGAUUUUGAAAAAAAAUUGUAAAAAAACAUAUGAGGAGGGGCAUGGAGCCGAAGCUCAUCAAGGAGGAGAACGGAGAGAAGGAUGGAGGCCAAGGGUACGCCGAGACGCCCAGGACGAGGGCUAAAGCUGCGAGCAAAGAUCGCUGCAAAACUCCGGACUCUCCGGAAGGCGCUCGACAAGCGGCAGCGCCCCUUUCGCCCACCCAGUCCUCACCCCCUCGACACCCCACAAAUGGUACUUCUUCGCCAGUCAACAACGGGUCCGCCGAUAGUCUGACGCCACCACUGCCCGCCUCCACUGUGCUCUCUGUCAAUUUAGACAAUGCCCAGCCACAGCAGUACCAUGGUAGCUAUUCAAACGUUACAAGACCUCUAGUCAAAGUCAAACGGUUCUUGAGCACUUUGGUGCAGUUCGGCUGCGAUAUUGGACCCGACAUAGGCGAACGAGUCCGUAGUCUAGUACUCAACUUAGUUAGCUCGAAUUUAAGCAUAGAGGAGUUCCACCACUCGCUGCAGGAUGUGACCAACUUCCCCCUGCGUCCGUUCGUGCUGCCGUUCCUGCGGACGCAUCUGCCGCUGCUGCAGCGUGAGAUCCACGCUUUGGCUCGGGCAAAUAAGCAGUCCCCUCUGCAGUACGUCCGUUCGCACGACCAUGUGAUCCUCGAUUCGACCCACUCGCCCUCGGAACUGUCGGAAAUUUUCAUGUCGAACGAGACGCCCCUGGUCGCCGGCCUGAAACGCCGCGCCUCCGACAGCAUAUACGAGAACGGCACGAACGGCCAGCCACACGACCCCCAAGACUGCCUCUCUAUAAAACGUCCCAUGAACUCCCAAAAUGCCUUUCUGUUCUCCCACCAGAGCCUCCUCCUCCCGAACAUGUCGUCAACAAUCCCCAAUUCCCACUUCUUCGACUACAACCAGCACAACCACCUCCCCCAGCGAGUUGAAGACAACAACAACACCCCCAACCGAGGAGACGAAGAAUGGCGCAACAUCCACGUCAUGCUCAACUGCAUUCUGUCCAUGGUGGAAAAGACAAAACGAGCUUUAACAAUCCUACAACAGCGAAAUAGUCAAGACCUCACCAACGAAUGGUUGAGAAAGCAAGACGUUAGUGUAGAUCUCAAGAAAGCCGCCAACGAAAUAAUGGUCCAAGCCGUGCGACAGACGGAGGACCGGGUCGCAGAGGUGAGACGACGGGCCGAAGACGCGGUGAACGACGUGAAAAGACAAGCAGUGAUCGAGCUGCAAAAGGCAGUCGCGGCUGCUGAAACGAAAGCCAACGAACUUGUGGCUGCCGAAAGGGCCAAGAUGGAAAAACUUCUAGCCGAAGCGCGGAAGCAUGGUGACGAAAAUCAGGACAACCCGGAUAACAGUCUGUCACCGCCAGCUUCACAACCCCAACCUUCGCAACAGAAUUCGUGUUGGAACUGCGGCCGGAAGGCGCACGAGACCUGCUCGGGCUGCAGCGUGGCCAGGUACUGUGGCCCCUUUUGCCAACACAAAGACUGGGAGAACCAUCAUCAGAUAUGUUCAAAGGAGAAGGCAAUGCGGCCGUUGCGGACGUCGACUCCGAGCACCACAGCCCCACCGACACACGUCAAUCAGAGCGAAACGGUCAAAUUCAAAAAGUGACAUUUGAAGAAGGGCCGCAAGUGUAGGAAAUUUUAACCGUCAUUAACUUAAAUCAUUAAUAUAAGCAUGCUGAAUCAUCGUUAUUAUACGUUGUUCCUCAUUAAUACCAAAGAAGCACAUGUAGUUCUCUCUAUGUGUCUUGUAUCAGUAGGGGUUGUUUGCCGGGCUUGCCUUCGGGGGCCCACACGUUUAGGUCUUGGGUGAAGACACUCUUUCUAGCGAGGCGAAUGGGAAGCAAAAGCCAAAAUUAAUCCCUUUCAAAGUAGUUUAUAAAUACGGAGGCUUAUAACUCGGAAGCGAAACGAAAUUCAAAAACAAUUUUCUAUAAUCAAAAAAUGUUGUCCUAUGGAAUAAGGAUGAGGGCGCUUUCAGCGUUGAUUUAAAUUCAAUCCGUUCACUAUUUGUUUGUGAAAAUUGCGGGUAUGUUAAGUCUUAAAUUCUUAGCCAAGAAAAAAUGUUAUUUCUUAUUUUCUUUACAAAAUAUAUUAAUAAAUAUAAAUUUGUGUUCCACUCUAUAUUUUUUACAAAUGUAACAGAGAAAUUUGUUGAGAAGGGAUUUGGAGAACCAUAUCGUCCCAGAGAAGCAAUUUAAAGCCAAACUAUUAAAAAUAAGAUAGGAGACGUUAUAAAAAUUUGGGAUGGAUCGCAAGUUGAUAAAAAAUUUGUAAAUUAAUAUUAUUUUCGGGAAAAAAACUUUCUAUUCUCAUAUUAAAUAUGAUUAAUGCUCUCUGUUCCCCUAAUUUAAUUGUCUUGUUCCUCACCUGUAUCAAAUGUUGCGCAAUCUUGUAACGUAAACGAAACUAACAAAAAAGGAACGUUUGAUUUGUAGUCACCUGUUUUAGUGCCCUUCUCACUAGAUAAACACUUUGUAGUUUGUCUGCUAGAUAAUUUUACCAAAAAGUUUUCGGGGUUAGAAAUCUCUUUUCAAGAUAUGGAUACACUGCAAUGAGGUUUUCUGACAUGGUGAAAUAUAAGAUUUCCGUAUGCCGCACUUACCGUUCGCAUCAUCACUUUCGUUUCAAAUUCUGGUCUCUUCGACUUUCAAGUAAUUCAAAGAUAAAUAGAUGCACACAGUAUCCGAGGUGUUGAUCGAUUUAUCUUUGUCCAGUUUUGUUGUAAUAAUAAUCUAGUCACUUUUACAAUUUUUUGGGAACCAAUUUACUAACAAAAAAAUUAAAUUUGAUAAAAGCAAUUACUUUAGUAAAUUGGCUUCCAAACGUGCGUGUAUAAAACGUUAGGCAGGUAGUUCAUUAUUGUACAUUUCCAUGUUAUUUAGUGUUUAUUAUUUAUUUUAUUUAUAUUUUAAAACUGAUGUACUUUCCCAAUAUAAAAAUUCACAUA